AUGAAGCUGCCAGGCCAGGAGGAAUUUGAAGCCUCCAGUGCUUGUGAAAAUAUUCCUACAGGGGAGAUGGACAGCAGCCUUGUCCCUGACCCCAACCCUGGUGGCCCCUCAGACACAGACAGCACGGAAGUGGGGGUAUUCAAGGACCCUAUGCUCUUCAUUCAGCUGAAUGAGCUGCUGGGCUGGCCCCAAGCACUGGAGUGGCGAGAGACAGGCAGGUGGGUGCUGUUUGAGGAGAAGCUGGAAGUGGGUGCAGGCCGGUGGAGUGCCCCCCAUGUGCCUACCCUGGCACUGCCCAGUCUCCAGAAGCUCCGCAGUCUGCUGGCUGAGGGCCUUGUACUGCUAGACUGUCCAGCUCAGAGCUUCCUAGAACUUGUGGAGCAGGUGGUCAGGGUGGAGUCAUUGAGCCCAGAGCUGAGAGGGCAACUUCAGGCCUUGCUGCUGCAGAGACCACAGCACAACAUCCGGACUACAGGCAUCAGGCCCUGCUGGGGAUUCACCGAUUUAAGAAAGGCAUCUCAUGAUGAGGACACUCCCCUGAAGGAACAGCAUCAGAACGCCCUGAGACUGAAGUUGCCUCCUGGGGUAGAGGCAGCAGCCGUGCUGGCAGGAGAGCUGGGCUUCCUGGCACAGCCUCUGGGGGCUUUUGUGAGACUUCGGAAUCCGGUGGUGUUGGGACCCCUUACUGAGGUGCCCCUCCCCAGCAGGUUUUUCUGCCUCCUCCUGGGCCCCCCCACUAGGGGAAGGGGCUACCAUGAGAUGGGUCGAGCAGUAGCUGUCCUCCUCAGUGACCCGCAAUUCCAGUGGUCAGUUCGACGGGCCAGCAACCUUCAUGACCUUCUGGCAGCUCUGGAUACCUUCCUAGAGGAGGUGACGGUGCUCCCUCCAGGUCGGUGGGACCCGACAGUCCGGAUUCCCCCGCCCAAAUGCCUGCCCUCUCAGCACAAAAGGCUCCCCUCACAAAUGCGGGAGAUCAAGGGCCUCUCUCGCCCGCGUGGGGCCCCUGCAGAGGAUAGGCACGACCAUGGGCCACACGCGACCUGCCCGGAGUUGCAGCGGACAGGCAGGCUGUUUGGAGGCCUUGUCCAGGACGUACGCCGGAAGGCCACGUGGUACCCCAGCGAUUUCUUGGACGCCCUGCACCCCCAGUGUCUCUCAGCUGUGCUCUACAUUUACCUGGCCACCGUCACGAAUGCCAUCACCUUUGGGGGUCUGCUGGGAGAUGCCACUGAUGGGGCCCAGGGAGUGCUGGAAAGUUUCCUGGGCACAGCUGUGGCUGGAGCCAUUUUCUGCCUGAUGGCAGGCCAGCCCCUCACCAUCCUCAGCAGCACAGGGCCAGUGCUAGUCUUUGAGCGCCUGCUUUUCUCUUUCAGCAGAGAUCACAACAUGGACUACCUGCCCUUCCGUCUGUGGAUAGGCAUCUGGGUGGCCACAUUUUGCCUGGUGCUGGUGGCCACAGAGGCCAGCGUGCUGGUGCGCUACUUCACCCGCUUCACAGAGGAAGGGUUCUGUGCCCUCAUCAGCCUCAUCUUCAUCUAUGAUGCUCUGUGCAAAAUGCUGAACUUAACCCGUGCCUAUCCCAUCCAAAGGCCAGGGGCCCCUGCCUAUGGCUGCUUCUGCCAAUACCCAGGCCCAGGAGAAAAUGAAUCUCAAUGGACAAGGACAAACCCAAAAAACAGAGAUGACAUCUUAAUCAUGGACCUAGGUCUGGUCAAUGCAUCCUUGCUGCCACCAUCUGAGUGCACCCGACAGGGAGGUCGCCCUCGUGGUCCUGGCUGUCAUACAGUACCAGACAUCGCCUUCUUCUCCCUUCUCCUCUUCCUUACUUCCUUCCUCUUUGCCACCGCCCUCAAGCAUGUAAAGAAUAGCCGCCUCUUCCCCUCCAUGGUGCGAAAGGUGUUCAGCGACUUUUCCUCAGUCCUGGCUAUUCUGCUGGGCUGUGGCCUUGAUGCCUUCCUGGGUCUAGCUACACCGAAGCUCCUGGUGCCCAGAGAGUUCAAGCCUACACUGCCUGGGCGUGACUGGUUGGUGUCACCUUUUGGAGCUAACCCCUGGUGGUUAAGUGUGGCAGCUGCCCUGCCUGCCCUGCUGCUAUCUAUUCUCAUCUUCAUGGACCAGCAGAUAACAGCAGUCAUCCUCAACCGUGCAGAAUAUAGACUGCAGAAAGGAGGUGGCUUCCACCUGGACCUGUUCUGUGUGGCUGUGUUGAUGCUGCUCACAUCAGUACUUGGGCUGCCCUGGUAUGUCUCAGCCACUGUCAUUUCCCUGGCCCACAUGGACAGUCUUCGGAGAGAGAGCAGAGCCUGUGUCCCUGGGGAAGCCCCCAGUUUCCUCGGCAUUAGGGAACAGAGGGUGACGGGCCUGAUGGUGUUCAUCCUUACAGGCAUCUCUAUAUUCUUGGCACCUGUACUCAAGUUCAUCCCAAUGCCUGUGCUCUAUGGCAUCUUCCUGUACAUGGGGGUGGCAGCACUUAGCAGCAUCCAGUUCAUGAAGAGAGUGCAGCUAUUAUUGAUGCCAGCAAAACACCAGCCAGACUUGCUGCUCUUGCGGCAUGUGUCCCUGAACAGAGUCCACAUCUUCACAGCCAUCCAGCUUGCCUGCCUAGGUCUGCUUUGGAUAAUCAAGUCUACCCCUGCAGCCAUCAUCUUUCCUCUCAUGUUGCUGGGCCUGGUGGGGGUCCGAAAGGCACUGGAAUGGGUCUUUUCACCACAGGAACUCCUCUGGUUGGAUGAGCUCAUGCCAGAGGAGGAAAGGAAUAUCACUGAAAAGGGGCAGGAGCCAGAACACUCGUUCAGUGGAAGUGACAGUGAAGAUUCUGAGCUGAUGUAUCAGCCAAAGGCUCCAGAAAUCAACAUCUCUGUGAAUUAG